UCAAUUAGAUUACCAUCCAACCUCCAGAAUACCAAACCAAAGCCCCAGAAUGUCGAGAAUCCUUGUCGCCGCCAUCGCCUUCGUUGCCAUCUGUCUGGUCCUUGUCAGCGCCGCCCCCGCUCCUGCCCCGCCCACUCAGAUUCUGGACGCCCGGACGGCCAUCGAGAAGAUAAUCGCCGCAUACAACCGGAUUCCGGGUCCCUCAGUGGUUCACCCCUGGGAGGUGGCCACUUUGAUUGACCCCAACACUUUUGUGGCCCACUUCUGAAGUCCCAGCAACUCCAACUCUACCUGACUACCUUAACUAACUAAAUGCCCAAAUAAAAGCCAUACGAAAAAUAAGUUAA